AUGUUUAAAAUAAAAAAUUUCUUCAAUAGAAAGAAACCUCAGCAGAAAGAGGAUAAUGAACAACGAUUUGAAGAGAUGAAUCACAGUGAACAGUUGACAGCAGACUUGGAUCAAGGGAUUGAACAUUUCAAUCCUUCGAUAAUAGUAGAUGAAAAUAAUAGUAAUGAAAUAACGUUAAAUUUAUCAGAUGAUGAUGACGAUUCUGAUGAUUCUGAUGUUAAUGAAUCUGAAACUUAUGAUAACAGUGAUGAUCAAUAUCGUAUAGAAAGGAAUGAUGAGUUUAAUUCAAAGUCAAGUUACGAGUUAAGUGAUUCAAAUGGUAAUGAAUCUCUUUCAAGCUUAUCUAACGCAGACUUUUCUGAUCAUACAAAUAGCAUGUCUCAAUUAAAGAUUAACGAAUUGAAAAAUGCAAGGAUACCAAAUAACAACAAUAACAAUGAUGAUGUGCCUGAAAACAUUUUCAUCGAACAAUCAGAAUUAGUAGGUUAUUUGUUAAUCAAUGAAAUUGGUUCAGGUGCAUUUUCAAAAGUUUUCAGAGCCAUACCUGAUAAAAAUAAUAAAUCAACAUCAUUUGUUGCAAAAAUUCAUAAAGAAGUGGCUGUAAAAGUUAUUAAAAAACAAGAUUUAUCCUUGAUUGAUGAAAAUAAGAUUCAGAAGAAAAAAUCUAGUGAAACUAAAAGUUCUUCAAGACAGCAGGUUUUAAAAGAAGUUAAAAUUCAUAAAAUGGUUUCACCUGGUUGUGAUCAAAUAGUUGCAUUUGUAGAUUUCCAAGAAACAAGAAAUUAUUAUUAUAUUAUUCAAGAACUAAUGAAUGGUGGUGAAAUUUUUGGGGAAAUUGUAAGGUUAACUUAUUUUAGUGAAGAUCUUUCAAGGCAUGUAAUUAAACAAUUAGCAUUAGCUGUAAAGCAUUUACAUAGUAUGGGGGUUGUACAUCGUGAUAUUAAACCAGAGAAUCUACUUUUUGAAGCUAUAGAACAUAUUCCAUCCAAAAAUACUGUUUUAAGGAAAUCAGAUGACUCAGAAACUAAAAGAGAUGAAGGUGUAUUCAGACCUGGCAUAGGAGGUGGUGGUAUUGGUGCAGUAAAAUUAGUUGAUUUCGGUUUGUCAAAACAGAUAUUCUCUACUAAUACUCAAACACCUUGUGGUACAGUAGGUUAUACAGCACCAGAAGUAGUAAAAGAUGAGAGGUAUUCAAUGAAGGUUGAUAUGUGGGGGAUUGGUUGCGUACUUUAUACAAUUUUAUGUGGAUUUCCACCAUUCUACGAUGAAAAGAUUAAUAUUCUAACCGAAAAGAUUGCAAGAGGUGAAUACACAUUUUUAAGACCUUGGUGGGAUGAAAUUAGUGACGGUGCUAAAAAUGCAGUCUCUAAAUUAUUGGAAGUUGAUCCGGAAUACCGCUAUGAUAUAGAUGAACUUUUGAAUGAUCCAUGGUUGAAUAAUUACGAUUGUUUGAAAGAUGUCGAUGCUAAAGAAGAAGAGGAUAUUAUAAUUAAUAAUAAGGUAAAGUAUGAUAAAGGUUUAAGCAAAAAAAAGAAUCCUAUCUUUCAAAAAGAUGCAUCUUUGCUAUAUUCACCAGCAGCUGUUGCCAUGCGCGAUGCAUUUGAUAUAAGUAAUGCAGUUCAAAGAAUUGAGGAAGAUAAGAUGAACAUAACUAAUAAUUCAUCUGCUUUAGACAAGUUGGACGAAUAUAUUGAAGAAGAAAUGUAUGAUGGUAAUUUGUCAUUGGGUGAAUUGAAUUCAAUUGAAAAGGGGAUGUUCCAAUUAAAGUUAAACUCUUCAACAAUAAUCAAAAGAAGAAGGGAUAAAAAUGUACCUGUUCCAAGGGUGAAUUCACCAAUUACUCAGGAGGUAAUUGUAGAGUCACCUGCAGAGUGA